AUAAUACGAAUUAAAUGACAUGACAUUCAUUAGAAUUAGUUUCAUCGGCUAUGAUGUUCGUAAACAAAGUGAUUUCUUACUAAAAACAUAAUCAAAUCAAAUUUUAUGCAAUUGGACGAUAUUCAAGGUAAAAGUGGUGUCCUCAAGUUUACGGUGAUUUAUAGCUAAGGAUGGUUGCGGUCGGAGUGGGUAGGUAGUGAUCCCAAAUGCCGGGCUCCGUUUAUUGGCAUGACAUCUUCAGAAUCACCGGCUGUACUAGAUUAUGUUAUAAACAGAGGCUUUUUGGCCUUGAAAUUAGUGGUUGUCAGAGGUUAUUGUCAUUCAUAAUGCUCAUGAGCAUCGCUAACAUAUAAUGUUGACAUUAAAUAAUAAAUACCUAUUUAAAGUUUUGUAAUUUUUUAAGGUUUGACAAGCAAUUUUCAAGGUUAAAAAGCUGUCAGUGUCAAAAAUAUGUGAUGGCAGCAGGUCUGUCUGAGAAGAGGAUCCUACUACAUACGUACCUUAAUUCUAUCUAUGUUUACACCAAUUGGUUCCCAUAGAAGUGCUUUUUUACUCUUAACAGUAUUUUUUGGUGUCGAUAUGUGGAAAUCUCUUGUAUUUAUACUCUGCACAAUCUGUAUCACCAAUGCAGAUAACACACACGUUGUACUCUUUAAACAUGAGGAAUUCGGGGGAAUACCAGAGCGGGUAUUGGAGGGGUGUGUGAAAUGCAAAAAUUUUGAUAUACCAGUUCAAGUCUCAUCAAUAAGAGUACAUGGAAACUGCAUCCAUCUUUUUUCAAAGCGUAAUUGCGAAGGUACCAACACGAAAAUAGGAAAAGAUAUCCCAAAAAUUUGCAUGUAUGUCGCUUCUGUAAAAUAUUGUUAAUUAAAAUGCGUUUAUUACUUAUUCAAAAAUAUUAUUCUAAGGCACCAUCAAGGAAACAAAGACUAGGUAUAUUAUCUAUUGCCGCAUCGACAUCUCGUUUUUGUACAGUUUUCCUUUUCCCCAUACCCAUGAAUUUGCAAGAUUCUUUAGCAAGGUGUUCUAGAAACAUUUCCUAAAACUUAUGCUAUGAAGUGAGACUAAAACUGUUUUUUUUUUAAUUACCGUUGAUUUAGUCACGAGAAAUAACGCAUCUUGGCUUAUUAAAUUGCAAUCUGGAUCCAUUUUCAUUAUAUGUUUAAUUCGAGUCAAAGGAAGUUUAACCAGUUUUGGCUUUUCAGGAGUUGUUGUUGAGUUGUUGUGUUCUACUGUUUCAGUCAUUUCAGUAACUGGCUGUUUUUCAGUCUCGAUCUCCUCUAUAUCCACUUCGUUUAUAUCUUCCAUUUUAUAGUUGGAUUUGGAAUAAUAAUAAUCUUCCCUUUUCAAGUUUUACAACAUAACCUCAAUCGCGCGCUUUUCUGAAAACAAGUCAGGUUGGGUAGAAUACUAACAAAACAUUCCCCUAGAACAUAUUUUAAAAUAUUUAAUAAAAUUAAAAUAAAAUUUUCGUUUGGAUUGUCAAGACCUGGUUAUUUUAAUACUUUUAAUUUUUUAGAUACUGAUUUUAUCGAUUACAAAAAUGUAUUUUGUGCUUAAUUGCAUUUUCAAUGAUUCACCUAGUGGAUUGGCAUCCUUUUUUAUAUGACAAGGUCUUAACCUCAAAAUUAUGGACGCUCUUACGUCAACGAUUAAAUAAAUAAAAAAAGAUGGAUGAUGGGACCCCUAAGAGGGGCCGCGGCCGGGGUCGUGGAGGAAGAGGCAGAGGUCGUGGAAGAGGUAGAGGUCGCGGUCGUGGUAAAAAAGCCAUCAAAGUAAUAGAAAGCGAUGAAGAAAUAGAUAAUUCUCAACUUCAAGAAUCUUCUGAAGAGGCACAACAAACCGAAAGUGAAUCUAAUGAAAAUGUGGCACCUAAAAUUGAUUUGGAAGCUGACAUUUCGCAACUCGAAGCACCCACUUUUACAACAAUUAACAGAGGGCCACCAGAACCAAUGUUGCGGCUAGAUUGGUCACACAAAGUGAAUUUGAUUGGGGAAAAAGUGCUCAAUCCCAUGAUUCAUUGCUGUGAUAAGUGUUUGAAGCCCAUUUUAAUCUACGGACGAAUGAUUCCGUGCAAGCAUGUGUUCUGCUUGUCCUGUGGUAAACAAGAGCAGAAGCAAUGUCCGCGCUGUUUGGAGAAAGUUUCAAGAGUGGAACAAACUGGUUUAGGGACAGUUUUCAUGUGUACUCAUGGAGGGACUCGUUAUGGUUCCUCCGGUUGCCGCCGUACUUAUUUAUCACACCGUGAUCUUCAAGCCCACAUCAACCACCGGCACGUUUCUAAUAACAUCCAACCAAUGGAAGUUCCUGUUGAGCCAGAAAGAGUGUCUGUCCGCGCUAAAACGAACGAUCCUAGAUCGAACAUUUCAAUAUCUUCAAAUGUGAGACAACGCCCAACUUCUAUACAAAGUUCUGGAGUUCGGACUAAUUUGAUUACGGUGCCAAUUCAAGAUUCGGCACCUACAGUGCAUGAGACUAGCGCUACGCAACAUAGUUAUUAUAAUUAUCAACAGACUGCGACAUAUAAUCAAGGCUUGCCUCCUAUGCAUAUACCUCCACCGCAGCAGCCCCAGUAUUAUGCUGCGCCACCGGCUUAUAGUCCGGCACAGAGUUAUAAUUAUAGUGGCGGAGCGCCGGCUGCGGGACAGUAUGGAGGACAGGGGGCGCAAGGCAGAGCGGCACAGUAUGACUAUAGCACGGCGCCUCCGCCCCAGUGGACUGGUAGCCAGCAAUACUACAGAUGAAUAUUUUAAGUAGAAUUAAUAUUCUAAUCUAUUUAUGUCUAAGACUAAUUUUAUAAAUUUAUCAAUGGUUACACUUAAGUUUUGUAAGCUAGUGACUAUCGGUUUAAUGAAUGUUUUAAUUACAUGUAAUUCAAAGUAUAAUGGUUAAUUUUUACUAGAA